AUGGCAUCCGCCUUCAAACCCACCUACCCCCAGCUGGCCGAGCGGCCAAAGGGCAAGCAGAUCCACAACAUCUACCGCGAGCGCUUACGCAUGUUCACCGGACAAGGCCAGUACAAGAAGCAGAACUUGAUGAGCAAGCUGUACGAUGCACGAAUGUCUGGAUCGCCGAACAUCGAGCUGCAUGUAUGGUCUGCCCCGAAGUUGUCUCGGCCAACUUUCGACGAGGCAACCAAGAAAGGCAACGAGUAUCGCAAGGCGAAGAAAGGCGACAGCUUCGGCCCAAGCUGGAGUACGCAUUGGUUCAAAGUGCAGUUCACGGUUCCCGAAGACUGGUCAUACAAUGGUCAACUCGAAUUCCACUGGGAGUCUGGUUGCGAGGCAAUGGUAUGGAGUGAAGACGGGAAGCCAUUACAAGGAUUGAGUCCAAACAACCGCACGGAAUGGAUAUUGCCAUCCGAGUGCAGAGAAGCUGGGGAGGAGAACACCAUAUACAUUGAGAUGGCGUGCAACCAGAUGUUCGGGAACCCAACAGGAGGAGAUACAAUACAGCCGCUAGAUCCGCACAGAUACUUCUCAGUCCGCGAAGCAGAUAUCGUCAGUGUCAACCUGGAUGUCCGCGCACUGUACUACGACUUCUGGAUUGUUGGUGAUGCUGCACAUAGUUGGGAGGAGCAUCAAGCUCUGCAGAUAUGCACUCAGAUAAUGGACAAGUUUAUUGCGGAGGAUGGGUCAGAUGCCUGCAUCAAGGAUUGCCGGGAGAUUGCAAAGCGCUAUCUUGGUGACAAGAUCGAUUCUGCGGACGUCUACAAGAGCGACAAGAUGCCUCUCGUGCAAGGGAUCGGCAAUUGUCAUAUCGACACCUGCUGGUUGUGGCCGUGGGCUGAGACGAAGCGAAAGGUGGUGCGGUCAUGGUCGAACCAAUGCGAUUUGUUGGAUCGGUACCCUGAGCAUCGCUUUGUAGCAUCGCAGGCACAACAGUUCAAGUGGCUGGAAAUGAACUACCCGUACGCAUUUGAUCGAGUAAAGAAGCACAUCAAAGAGGGCUCGUUCCAGACAGUCGGCGGCAGCUGGGUAGAGCACGACACUAACCUGCCUGGAGGGGAGUCCUUGGUCCGACAAUUCGUCUACGGCCAGCGAUACUUCGAGUCUCGCUUCGGUCAACGAUGUCGUACUUUCUGGUUGCCCGACACAUUCGGCUACUCCACGCAGCUUCCGCAACUCUGCAGACUGGCUGACAUGAACCGCUUCUUCACGCAGAAACUCAGCUGGAACAACAUCAACAACUUCCCUCACACUACAUUCAAUUGGGUGAGCUUAGACGGCAGCCAGGUUAUCUGCCACAUGGCACCUGCCGAGACCUACACUGCCAUGGCAAACUUCGGCGAUGUCACAAGAUCCGUCACCCAGCACAAGAGUAUGGAUCAAGAUGCUACGAGUCUCCUGCCAUUUGGCUUCGGAGACGGCGGUGGAGGCCCGACUUCCGAGCAGCUUGAGAAGCUCAGAAGAUGUCGAGGCAUGAGCGACCAGAUCGGCGAGCGUAUGCCUCGUGUGCAGAUGGGCGGCACAGUCGAAGACUUCUUCGACCGGCUCGAGAAGAAGGCUGCCACUGGCGAGACUGAGUUCGUCACAUGGUACGGUGAGCUGUACUUCGAGCUGCACCGUGGCACGUACACGAGUCAAGCGGCCAACAAGCGGAACAACCGAAAGGCCGAGAUCUUGCUCCACGACAUCGAGUACUUGGCCACGCUGGCGACCAUUGGCGGCGACAAGAAGUACAAGUACCCCAAGAAGGAUCUUGAUGAGAUGUGGGAAAAUGUUCUCUUAUGCCAGUUCCACGAUUGCUUGCCCGGAAGUGCCAUCGAGAUGUGCUACGACGACUCGGACGAGCUGUAUGCGAAGGUGUUCAAGACCGGCAACAGGCUGCUGGAGGACGCAAUGGAGGCGCUCGGCUUUGAUGAUGGGUCGAGAGGCUCUCUGCCAAAGGCUGUCAACACCUUGGGCUGGGAGAGGAAGGGACUACUGCACAUGCCAACUUCUACCGAGCCCAAGAGGUACGGGUUCAUUGAUGGCGGUAUCAAUGUCAGCAAUGUGCCGAAAGACAUCGCUGCGUCCGUCGAGCAGGUCGAUUCAGACGUCUUCGUGCUCAAGAACAAAGAUCUCGAAGUCAAGGUUGAAGGUGGCGCCAUUACGUCUCUGUACGACGUCAAGGCGAAGCGAGAGACUGUUCCGAAAGGCUCCAAGACCAACCAGCUUGUCAUAUACGACGACAAGCCUCUCUACUGGCAAGCCUGGGACGUCGAGGUGUAUCAUCUGGAAUCCCGCAAGGAACUCAAGGCGACUAGUGAGGCUAAGAUCACGGAGGCCGGGCCAGAACGUGUGGCUGUCAGCACCACCACUCAGAUUUCAGACAAGUCGUGGAUUACGACGACCGUCUCGCUCGCGGCGUCCGUCGAUUCUAACCAGCCAUCGCAGGUCGAUGUCGACGCCGAAGUGGAAUGGCAUGAGACCAUGAAGUUCCUGAAAGUAGAGUUCCCCACCACAAUCACAAAUACCGAAGCAUCAUACGAAACGCAAUACGGCAUCGUCAGGCGCCCCACACACUACAACACGACCUGGGACAUGGCAAAAUUCGAAGUCUGCUGCCACAGAUGGGCCGACCUCUCCGAGCACGGCUACGGCAUGAGUAUCCUCAACGACAGCAAGUACGGCUUCGCAACCGCCGGCAAGACAAUGCGUCUGAGUUUGCUACGAGCUCCAAAGGCGCCAGACGCGCAUGCGGACAUGAAGAGACAUCACAUCAGAUGGGCCAUCCUGCCCCACGCAGGCCCGCUGGACGAGAGGACGGUGCGGGCUGGAUUCAACUUCAACUAUCCGCUGCGCACUGCUUCACACCCGAACCCGGCGAAACUUGAUAAGUUGCUCUCUGCUUUCAAACUCACUUCUGACUCUUCGCCAUCGCUCAUCGUGGACACUGUCAAGCGCGGCGAAGACGAUGAGGACGCGAGCAAUGGCGAUAUGCCGGCGAAGAAGGGCAGGCACGUCAUUCUCAGGAUGUACGACAGUCUGGGUGGACUCAGUCGAGGCACGAUUAGUAUGGGAGGCGUCAAGGUGGGCAAGGCGUGGAAGUGCAACUUGCUGGAGGACGAGCUUGAAGAGAUGAGCAUUGGGGAUGAGGGGCUGGAGGUGGAGUUGCGGGCUUUUGAGGUCGCUACUUUUAAGUUGCGGCUGGAGUAA